AUGGCUCGCCUUUCGGCCACUGCUCCGACCUACAACGGCAACGGCCGCGGCUUCUCGCCUGCGCAGUCGGGCUUGUCGACCCCCAUCUCGUCGACAACCUCCCUCUCGUCGCUCGCCUCCCAAGUCUCUUCAGUCUCCCUCCAGCCUUCGCCCGCUAUGGAGGCUCUCAACGCCCUGCAAGCUGCUACCUCUCUCGGAGCUGCUAGAUCUAUUGCUGGUGAUCUUGCUGCUACCAUGCUUGAGGCUGAUUUUUUCAGUGUUUUGGAGAAAAUCAAGUCCAUGACCAAGGGCAAGGCAUCUACGAUCAACAAAGAGGUUGCUCUUCUUGCUUUUACCACUCUUGUCAAGCAGUUCGGCUCCGGUUCCACCGCUGAGGCUUACUUUGUGCCGUACUUCACCCUGCCUUACGACCUUUUGGCUGAAAAGGAGCUCUCCGUUCGGAAGGCCGCCACCCUUGCCGCGGAUGUCGUUCUCUCCAUCUAUCCCGUUGAAGCCUACACCGCUUCGCUUAUUCCCCUCCUCAACGCCUACCUCAACUCGACCGCCAAAUGGCAGUCGAAGAUUGGUGUUUUGCGACUCUAUGAAAAGUUUGCCGACCGUAUCCCCGCCGACGCUCUUCUCCAUGAGUUCGUCAACAUCAUCCCUGUCAUUACAAACCUCAUGCACGACAUGAAAGCCGACCUCUCGAAGGCUGCUUGCCGGACCAUGACGUCUCUUGCAAAGACCAUCGACAACCAGGAUAUCGCAAACAGAUUAUCCCUGAUCGUUGAUACCAUGGCCAACCCCUCGGCCGUCCCCUCCACCGUCCUUGCUCUUUCUCAUGUGACAUUUGUUGCUGAGGUCACCGAGCCCGUUUUGGCGAUGUUGGUCCCUAUUCUUCGAAGAGCUCUCAACCAGGGUGGAUCCUCGCAAGAUUUGCUCCGUCAGACCGUUAUCGUCGUUGAGAACUUGACUCGUCUCGUCAACAACCCCCGUGAGAUUCGCGCUUUCCUCCCUGACUUGCUCCCAUCUGUCUCCAAGGUCUACAACACUGCCGCCCUGCCUGAGGUUCGUGAGCUAGCCCAGAAGGCGCUCACCGUUUUGGAGGCUGCCGAGAAAGAGACUGGCAUUGAUCACGUUACUGCUGCUGAGCUCACCGAGACUAUCGCUGUCAUCGAUGUCAAGACUAACCCUGAUCCUGAUCCGGUUGUUCUUGAUUAUGUGUCUGGUCUUGUCGUCGUUGACAUCAAAACACAGGACUGGGACCGCCUGCCUGAAGUUGUCGUCCCCUACUUUGAUGACAAGGAGACUGCUGCAGCGGUUGCUAAGCAGAUCAUUGCGCACUACGACGCUCUAUUUAACCCCCGGGUUGUUGACGACUCUGGUGAGGAAGGUAUUGAGAUCACCAACGCUCGCUUCUCGCUUGCCUAUGGUGGAAAGAUGCUUCUUAACAAGACCUACCUCCGUCUUUACAAGGGACACCGUUAUGGUCUCUGUGGCCGCAACGGUGCCGGAAAGUCGACCCUUAUGCGAGCCAUCUCCAAGGGCCAACUUGAGGGCUUCCCUGACAAGAGUGAGCUCCGUACUUGCUUUGUCGAGCACAAGCUCCAAGCUGCGGAAGGUGACAUGGACCUUGUGUCGUUCAUUGCUAAGGAUCCUGAGCUUCAGCACGUUAAGCGUGAGGAGGUCGCUGAGGCUCUCGAGUCGGUCGGAUUCGACGAGACUCGUCGUGCUCAAAACGUCGGCGCUCUGUCUGGAGGAUGGAAGAUGAAGCUCGAGCUUGCUCGUGCUAUGCUUAUGAGAGCUGAUAUCCUGCUUCUUGACGAGCCUACUAACCAUCUCGACGUUGCCAACGUCAAGUGGCUUGAAGACUACCUCACUACGCACACUGAUAUCACUUCUCUGAUUGUCUCCCACGACUCUGGAUUCCUUGACAACGUCUGCACUGAUAUCAUCCACUAUGAAGACAAGAAGCUUGUCUACUACAAGGGUAACCUUGCUGACUUUGUGCGUGUCCGUCCCGAGGGCAAGUCUUACUACACUCUCUCGGCUUCCAAUAUCAAGAUGAAGUUCCCUCCCCCUGGAAUCUUGGCUGGUGUCAAGUCCAACACCCGUGCUAUUCUGCGAAUGAACCAUGUGACUUACACCUACCCCGGUGCCAGUUCUCCUAACUUGAAGGAUGUUUCAUGUGCGCUUUCGCUCUCGUCCCGUGUCGCGAUCUUGGGAGCCAACGGUGCUGGAAAGUCGACUUUGAUCAAGUUGCUCACCGGCGAGUUGAUUCCCCAAGUAGGCAAGGUUGAGAAGCACCCCAACCUUCGUAUCGGUUACAUUGCGCAGCACGCGCUUGCCCAUGUCGAGAUGCAUCUCGAGAAGACGCCUAACCAGUACAUCCAGUGGCGUUAUGCCAACGGUGAUGAUCGCGAGGUGCACAUGAAGGCUUCGCGCCAGUUGACUGAUGAGGACAAGGAACAGAUGGCUAAGACCAUUGACGGCAAGCAUGUCGAGUUCCUGGUCGGUCGCCAGAAGUUGAAGAAGUCGUUGCAGUACGAAGUCAAGUGGGUUGGCAUGAUUCCCAAGUACAACUCCAUGAUCAGUCGUGAGCGACUCUUGGAGCUUGGUUUCCAGAAGAUGGUUCAGGAGUUUGAUGACCACGAGGCUUCCCGUGAGGGUCUUGGAUACCGUCAGUUGUCGCCUCCUGUUAUCCGCGCGCAUUUUGAGGGUGUUGGUCUCGAUGGUGACAUUGCUGACCACGUCCAGAUGGGUGGACUUUCUGGAGGUCAGCUUGUGAAGGUUGUCAUUGCAGGUGCCAUGUGGAACAACCCCCAUUUGCUGGUCCUCGAUGAGCCCACUAACUACCUCGACCGUGACUCACUUGGUGGAUUGGCUGUUGCGAUCAGAGAUUGGACUGGAGGUGUCAUCAUGAUUUCUCACAACGAGGAGUUUGUCGGUGCUCUCUGCCCCGAGCAGUGGCACGUUGCGGACGGUCGUGUGACUCACAAGGGAACUGCCGUUGUUGCAAACGACCGUUUCGAGGAUUCGUCUGCUGCCCCGUCUGCUGCUCCAUCUGAGGCUCCUUCUGAGGAUGUCACUGAUGACUCUUCGCCUGCCAACAUCAAGAUCAAGGCCAAGAAGAAAAAAUUGACCAGAAAUCAGCUCAAAGAGCGUGACGCUAGACGUCGUCUGCGCCACAUCGCCUGGUUGAGUUCUCCCAAGGGUACCCCCCAUCCUCCCGAUACCGACGAUGAUGAGUAAGUGUAAGAUCGUGAAUUGUGCACUAUAGAAGGUUUCAUAGAAGGAGAGGUUCGAGUUCGUUCGAGAAGAGAUUAUAGAGAAUGGAACGGAAAGGAAAGGAAAGAGAGAGAAAGAGUAAAACCCGUGAUCAUCUGGCUUUGGUUUGCAAGGUUGUGUUUCGUCUAAUUACGGUGGGAAUCAAAAAAGUUUCAUUGUUUAUCAUGUUGGGGAAAGAAAUCGUCAAAAUACGGCAUGGUCAGGAUCAAAGGUUUUCAAUUUAUUUUUUUAUUCUUUUUCAUGGUUUUAUUUUAUCUCUUUAUAACUGCUCGGUUUAUUUCGUUUUGCUCUGCGUUGCGUGCCAGUUUCAGUUUUUUUGUUUCUAAAUUUUUUAUUCUAGUUUAUAGUGUUUCUUGCUUUUGUUUUUCGAUUUGGUUGUCUGUUAUAAUAUGU